AUGUGUGCUAAUUUGGUUGAUCGCAGCGAUAACGAUGUAUUAUCGUCCCUCCAAGCUUUUGCUUUGAACAAAAAGUCGGGGUAUGAGCGUGAAUCGGCUGCAAUUGCGUAUCAGUCACUCCCUGUUGUCCUCGGAGCUCCUUGUGCCCCUCUACUUUUGCCCAGUCUUCCUAUUCUUUUUGACCUCUUUGCGGAUAAAGGAGAGGUUGUCCGUCUAGCAGCGGCUGCGUCUACCAAAGCGAUACUACAGCUUUUACCCCCGGAAGCAACUAGAACCGCAUUCAGGAAUCUGGAGGAAAUACUAGACAAGGGGAAAUGGCAAACGAAAGUAGGCGCCUUAGAUGCACUUAAAGUUUUCGUGGCGACUGCUAGGGAUGCAGUUGCUGACGAGCUUGGCCAUAUUCUUCCAAAAGUCGAAAUAGCAAUGCACGACACUAAGAAAGAAGUAUCCACCGCGGCGAUAAAAUGUGCCACAUCGCUAUGCACAACGCUUGCGAACGCUGACCUCGCCCCCCAUAUUCCUGCUCUUGUCAAGUGUAUGUCAAAUCCUGAUGCGGUUCCAGCAUGCAUCAAAGCACUCUCGUCCACGACAUUUGUCGCAGAGGUUACGGCACCAGCAUUGGCUGUCCUCGUCCCUCUUCUUAUCCGUGGCUUGAACGACAGGAGUAUGGAGGUGCAGCGUCGAACAGUCGUCGUCGUAGACAACCUUGUCAAGCUCGUGAGAGACCCUACUGUUGCUGCAAGAUAUCUCAGUCCGCUUGUAGACGGUGUUGAAAAGAUUGCCAAAGGUGCCGCUUUCCCGGAGGUUCGCGCCUUUGCCGGAACUGCUCUCAAUACGUUAUUAAAAUCUGGAGCAUCAUCAUCCGGCUCCCCUCCUGCUCGUGAUCUCGAUGGAGAAACAUCUGAAGUUUACACUGCCUUACUUACUCUACUUCCGCUGGAUCUCGCAUUGGCUUCCGCGACUCCUAACGGCCCCAAAUCACCCAGACAUCCUCUCGUUGCACGCUCGUUGGAGUUCCAAGCUUCGCUAAUCGUAGAUCUCGUUUAUUUCAGGCGGUUCCAAAACAAAGAAGCAUGGCAGCGUUGCAUUGGCGUGUACUUGACGCCCUGGUUGGGUGCGGACGACUCGGCGACCUUUGCAGAGGCAGUCCGGUCACAUUUCCACGCUAUCGAUCAGGCUAAAAAUGCUACCACUCAAAAUGGUGCUGAUGGUGAAGGCGAGCUCUUGUGUGAUACACUGUUUUCACUUGCAUAUGGUGCCCUGUUACUUCUUUCACAUACGACACUCAAGCUUUAUCGUGGGCGCCGCUAUGGUAUCCUUGGUACAAAUGGUUCAGGAAAGUCCACGCUUAUGCGUCAACUACGAGACGGCAAAGUCGAAAAUUUUCCACCACAAGAUCAGCUUCGGUGUGUAAUGGUGGAGCAUUCUCUUCAAGGCGAAGAUGCUUCCCUUUCUAUCCUAGAUUUCAUCGCUUCAGAUAUAGAUAAGGCCUUGGCAGAUGUCCCCCGGACCAAAAUUCGUCAACAACUGUUAGAGGUUGGUUUUGAUGACACACGCCAAUCUGAAACAGUUGGUGGACUAUCUGGCGGCUGGAAGAUGAAACUCGAGCUCGCGCGUGCGAUGCUUUACAAUGCCGACCUCCUUUUACUCGAUGAGCCUACUAAUCACUUGGACCGUGGUUCUGUGAAAUGGCUAGAGCAAUAUUUAAUAGCUAACAAGAACGUUACCUGUUUGAUUAUCAGUCACGACUCUGGUUUCCUGGACAAUGUUACAACAGACAUCAUUCACUAUGAAACCAAAAAACUUGUGUAUUAUCCCGGCAACCUAUCGACCUUCGUCGAGAAACAUCCAGAAGCCAAAUCUUACUAUACUCUUGCCGCGACGUCCGUCAAAUUUUCUUUCCCCCCACCAGGGUCUCUUAUGGGUGUCCGGAGCAAUACUCGCGCUAUUAUGAAGUUAUCCAACUGCACUUUUACGUAUCCCGGUAGGCCCGCUCCUAGUUUGCAUAAUGUCAGCUGUGCACUCUCACUAUCGAGCCGGGUUGGCGUAAUUGGCCCCAAUGGAGCGGGCAAGUCGACGCUCAUCAAACUGUUAACGGGUGAGACUAUUCCGCAAGAAGGCGCGGUAUACAAACACCCUGCUCUUCGGGUGGGUUACGUUUCGCAACACGCAACCCAUCAUAUUGAACGUCAUCUAGAGAAGACGCCUAUAGGUUACAUUCAAUGGCGAUUCCAGGACGGUCAUGAUCGUGAACUUUUGGAGAAGGCUACUCGUGUCUUAACUGAUGAAGAAAAGGCGGUCCUCGAUCAAGAAUGGGUUGGUAGAAAUGGCACUAAGCGUAAAUUGGAGCUCGUAAUGGGGCGUCAAAAGUUGAAGAAGACAUUCCAAUAUGAGAUUAAGUGGCGUGGGCUUGAUCACAAGUUCAAUACAUGGGUUCCACGGGACGAGCUACUGGCGAAAGGCUUCACCAAACUAGUCCAACAAUUCGACGACCUCGAGUCAUCAAGGGAAGGUGCUGGCUCCCGCGACACCUCUGCACUCCUUGUACGGAAGCACCUGGAAGACAUCGGUCUUGAUGGGGAUAUAGCGCAAUAUAACGAAAUAUCAGGCUUAUCUGGGGGACAAAAAAUAAAGUUGGUGAUAGCUGCUUGUCUUUGGAAUAAUCCUCAGAUCUGUGUUCUUGACGAGCCGAGUAAUUUCCUCGAUCGCGAAGCCUUGGGCGGUUUGGCCGUGGCAAUAAAGGAAUGGGCUGGUGCUGUUGUGAUCAUCUCACACAAUGAAGAAUUCGUGACAGCUCUAUGCCCUGAGAUCUGGCACAUAGAAGCCGGACGUAUGACUCACAAGGGAAAAAUUGCCGUUGUCGAGGAUGCUUUCGCUGACGUCAAAUCACCUAAGGGAAGCGAUGGCGGUAUAACAAGGGCCCCCAUAAGGAAAAAGAAGAAACUCACGCGAAACCAAAUGAAGGUUCAGGAGGAGCGUAGGAGGUUGAGGAAGUUGGCAUGGCUUACUCAUGGUGGACCAAAACCCGAGGACACGGACAGUGAGGUCGAGCUCUAACACAAAGAGUAUGAUGUCAAAAGGACGGGCUUUGAUAGAUCGCAGGUAUCAGGGGUCUCGUGUUUGGCUAAGUAACACUUCGCCAAGAUCUGAGAUCAGAUAGCCUAUUAUGCAGCCUAUGAUUUACUUCCGCUCCAGAAAACUCUGAGGACAUGUUGAGCU